AUGCAAGAAGGUGAUUGUAGCACUGUGACUGAGUUCAUCCUUGUUGGAUUCAUGGACCACCCAGAGCUUCAGAUCCCCCUCUUCAUCAUCUUUCUGCUCAUCUACCUCAUCAUACUGGUGGGAAACAUUGGGAUAAUAAUUUUAACAAAAAUUGAUGCUAGGCUUCACACCCCUAUGUACUUUUUUCUUAGAAAUCUCUCCAUUGUAGACAUUGGUUACUCUACAGCAAUUGCCCCUAAAUUGUUGACAACCUUGGUUAUUGAAAAUUCCACCAUCUCCUUCACAGGAUGCACCACACAAUUCUUCUUUUUUUUCAUCCUUGUGACCACCGAAGCUUGGCUUCUGGCUGUGAUGGCAUAUGAUCGCUUCAUAGCAAUCUGCUACCCAUUGCUGUAUUUUGUUGUCAUGUCGAAGAAGCUUUGCACCCUCUUGGUCAUAGCUGCCUAUGCCUGUGGCUUUGUAAAUUCAACAGUACACACCAUAGUUAUUUUUAGUUUAAAAUUCUGCAACUCAAACAGAAUUAAUCAUUUCUUCUGUGAUGCUCCUCCAAUGCUUCAAUUAUCCUGUUCAGAUACCCACUUUGCUCGCUUAGUGAUUUUCAAAGCAUCCACUGCUGUUGGAGUGACAGCGUUUCUGGCUGUUUUGACCUCCUACAUUGCCAUUGUUAUUGCCAUCCUGAAGAUCAGCUCUGCCCACGGAAGAUACAAAGCCUUCUCCACCUGUACCUCCCAUUUAAUCACUGUGACCAUUUUCUUUGGAGCUGCCAUCUUCAUGUAUGUAGGACCUGGCUCCAGUUUCUCAUUGGAUAAAGACAAAAUCAUAUCCAUCUUUUAUACUCUUGUCAUCUCCUCGCUUAAUCCAUUCAUCUACAGUCUGCGGAACAAAGAAGUGAAGGAUGCAAUUAGAAGAAUGUUAGGCAAGUUAUUCCUGAAAUAA